AUCAAGGCAGUUGUGAGGCUGUGAGCAAAUCUCUAUGGAUUUACGUUGUUCAGCCCGUCUCAAAUGUGAGCGCCUUCCACUCUGCGUAACACAUCUUCGUGUUUAUGACUGGCUCUCUCCGGAGAUACCUCGCGACGAUGUGUCCCCUCUCUGGUUCGUGCUAUUUUCAGCGCGAGCGCGUCACGAUGCCGUCCAGCAAACUUCAUGUGGAGUGAAAGAAGAAUUUGCUCACACCUCCGGGAUUACAGCUCACGCGUUUAUCAUCAAUGUGGACAGAUGCAGAACUUCAAAACGAUGAAUUCUACGAGCGCAGAACUACGCGAUCUGUCUUGCUCGGCUGAUGUCCUUGUUCAUGUAUGAGAGAUUAUUCGUUCAUCGCCGACUGUCCGAUCAUCACUUCUCCACUCUCAUCCCGCAGCUUUCCUCUUUUCAUCUGAGCGUCAGUGUCAAAUGGAAAUCUGAAGUGCUCCACUUUCGCAGUUUCUCACCUUUCGUAGCAAAAAGCUGCAGGGCGGCCCUUGUGGCCGGGAUGCCAGUGUGUACCUUGCGAGUCGGCGGUGGAUCCUGAGGGGCAGGAGCUGCCCACCCAGUGCAGGGGGCAGAGGGACAAGCACCCUGACCACGACAUGAAUCUCUGCUGGAACGAGAUCAAACGCAAAUCCCACAACAUCAGAGUACGGCUGGAGGCCUUUUCGGACAACAGUGGGAAGCUCCAGCUGUCCCUGCAGGAGAUCAUUGAAUGGCAGACAGCUAAAGACGAAGAGCUGUCUGAGCAGCUGCCCAUAGGUGGUGAUGUCGGAGCGGUGCAGCACCAGCGGGAGUUCCACCAGGCUUUCAUGGAAGAUGUCAAAUCCAGAGGGCCCUACAUCUACUCGGUGUUGGAAUCAGCUCAGACCUUUCUGGCACAACACCCAUUCCAGGAGCCUGAGGAGACGUUGCCUGAUGGCAAAGAAGUCUCUCCUCACCGGCGAAUGCUGAAUGUAAGUCGCUCCGUGUGGAAGCAGGCCAACGUGGCCAGUGACCUGUGGGAGAAGUUGACAGCGCGCUGCGUGGACCGACACCGGCACAUGGAGCGAACCCUGGAGAGGCUGCUGCAGAUCCAGGCCGCCAUGGAGGAGCUGGCUGUGGCUCUGGAGCAGGCGGAGGGAGUGAGGGACGCCUGGGAGCCUGUGGGAGACCUGUUCAUUGAUUCACUGCAGGACCAUAUAGAUGCUACCAAGCUGUUUAAAGAAGAGCUGACCCAGGUGAAGGAAGGAAUGAAACACAUAAAUGACCUUGCGCAUCAGCUGGCCAUAUCUGAUGUGCACUUGUCCAUGGAGAACGCUAGAGCUCUGGAGCACCUCAACAACAGAUGGAAACUUCUGCAGGGGUCAAUUGAAGAACGUCUUAAACAGUUGCAAGAUGCCCAUAGAGAUUUUGGACCCGGAUCACAGCAUUUCCUUUCCAGCUCUGUGCAGAUUCCUUGGGAACGUGCCAUAUCCCCCAACAAAGUGCCAUACUACAUCAACCAUCAGGCUCAGACAACCUGCUGGGACCAUCCAAAGAUGACUGAAUUAUACCAAGCUCUGGCGGACCUGAACAAUAUCAGGUUCUCUGCAUACCGGACGGCCAUGAAGCUGAGGCAUGUGCAGAAGGCUUUAAGAUUGGACCUGCUGAAGUUAAGCAGCUUGGUGGAUGUGUUUAGAGAACAGGAGCUGCAGAAUGCCGAGCAUGUGAUGGAUGUGGUCGAGGUCAUCCACGCUCUCACUUCCCUGUAUGAGAAACUUGAGGAGGAGAGGUCCGUCCUGAUCAAUAUCCCCCUGUGCGUCGACAUGUGUCUCAACUGGCUGCUGAAUGUUUACGACAGUGGUCGUAAUGGUAAGAUGCGAGUGCUCUCCUUCAAAACGAGCCUUGUUAUUCUAUGCAACGCAGACAUCCAGGAAAAGUAUAAAUACCUUUUCAGACAGGUGUGUGGUCCAGGUGGACUGACAGAUCAGAAACAUCUCAGUCUGUUACUGCACGAGGCUAUUCAGAUCCCUCGGCAGCUCGGGGAGGUGGCGGCAUUUGGAGGGAGCAACGUGGAGCCCAGUGUCCGCAGCUGCUUUAGAAUGGCUCCAGGCAAGUCAGCAAUUGAGGUGUGUCACUUUCUGGAGUGGAUGGGCCUAGAGCCUCAGUCGGUGGUGUGGCUUCCUGUUUUGCACCGGGUGACCGUGGCCGAGACAGCCAAGCACCAGGCACGCUGCUACAUCUGUAAGCAGUGCCCUAUCAAGGGCUUCAGAUACCGAAGUCUGAAACAGUUCAAUGUGGACAUCUGCCAGACGUGUUUUCUGACAGGCAGAACUACCAAGGGCAAGAAACUACACUACCCCAUCAUGGAGUACUACACCCCGACGACCUCAGGCGAGAAGAUGCGGGACUUCGCAAAGACGCUAAAGAACAAGUUCCGCUCGAAGCAGUAUUUUAGUAAACACCCUCAGAGGGGAUACCUGCCUGUUCAAUCAGUACUGGAGGUGGAGAGCCCUGAGACGCCCUGCUCAUCUCCCAGGCUGCCUCAUGCAGACACACACAGCCGGAUCGAGCAUUUCGCCAGCAGGUUGGCAGAAAUGGAGAACCAGAACUGUUCCUUUUUCACCGACAGUCUCUCUCCGGAUGAAAGUUUGGAUGAAGAUCAGUACCUCCUACGUCACUCCAGCCCCGCCCUCGAGCAGGACUCCCCCCACGGCCACCUGCUGGCCCACCUGGACUGCCAGGACAGAGAAGAGCUGCAGCACACCCUCCAGCGCCUGGAGAACGAGAACAGGGUGCUGCAGGGCGAGUAUCGGCGGCUGAAGUGGAAGCAUGAAGAGGCAGCAGCAUCGCCCCAGCUGCUGGAGUCAGGUCCAGGAUCACCGGCCGGACAGCAGGACGAGGAGCUCCUAGCUGAAGCUCGAAUCCUUCGACAGCACAAGACCCGUCUGGAGACGCGCAUGCAGAUUCUGGAGGACCACAACAAGCAACUGGAGUCCCAGCUACAUCGACUCAGAGAAUUACUGCUGCAGCCCAAAGACGACUCGGAGGCCAAUGGCUCGGCUCCUUCCUCUCUGUCCUCGCCUGUGUCAGGGGGUGACCACCAGGGGGAGCCUCCCAGCAGAGAGACCACAGACACAGAUGCUGCAGGUGAGGAUUUGGAUCACGAGCAGGACACGGUACUGCAGCUCCAGCAGGUAAUCGAACAGCUGAGGAACGUCUUCCCGUCUGAACCAGGUCCAUGAGGAACCCGAUGCAAAACUCAGAGGCCUAUAAUUAUGCAGGUUUGCUUAUAGAAUUAUAUAA